CUGUGGCACAAACUCGUACAUGUCUCCCGAGGUAAUUCGAGGUCACGGUUAUUCUUACUCCUGCGAUUGGUGGAGUCUAGGUGUGAUCAUGUACGAAUGCCUAUACGGGUUCCCGCCAUUUGUUAGCAACUCUCGACACGUGACACGUCAGAAGAUCCUCAAUUGGAAACAAUCUCUACGGUUUCCAGCCCAGCAAGCAGUGUCGCGGGACGGAGUCAAUCUCAUGCAGCAGCUUCUGUGCGAACCGGAAGAUCGGAUUGGCUCCCAGACAUCAGUGUCAACCUCGAGACCUGACUCGAUGGUGACCCAAGCCCGUCGGAGUGCCUUUGUAGUCCCAGGAAGCUCCCUUGACGGGGCCGAACUGAUCAAGGCUCAUCCUUGGUUCCGGGGAAUCGACUGGAUUAACAUCCACCGAUACCCUGCACCGUACCAUCCAGAACUGCGAGCACCGGAAGAUACUCGUCACUUUGACCCGGAUAUUCCGCCCGAGCCACUUGCCCCGGCCAACGGGGCACCCCCUGAUGUGACGCGGGAUCCUCUGCUGCGACACGCAGUCCACGGAGCAGAGAUCCUCGAUGUGCGCAAGGCUCUGGCCUUUGCCGGAUUUACACACAAGAGUCCCCGGGUCAUCAGCAAUGUGCGGGCCGACAAGAUGUUCGAACCACAGCCCAAUUCGUACGGCCAGACCCCGCACGAGCCAUCGUAUGGCCAGGGGACCGUCCGAGAACGCGGUCGCUCGGCUCUGCGCGAGCCCAAACAAGGCGGGCGCGCUAUCUCCUUGUGAUGACAUAUACCCAAACCAGUCUUAUUUAAUGCUAAUCUUAUCUCCUUUGUAUACAAACUAGGUGCUACAGAUAAUAAAUAUGCGACAUAAAUAGGCCAAUAA